GGUGAAUGAAUGAAUAGGAAAAGGGAUAAUAAAUAUGAGAUCCGAAACAGCUUUCAACAAAAAAACAAGAACCAGAACCAGACAAGCACAGCACCCAAACAAACAAUCAGUAACACCUUUCUUCCCAAAGUAAAUCGAUUGUGACCCUUUAACCAAUGUUUGUUAAAUAUUGGUGUUGUGAAAUUCAUGUCCUUUCAUCAUCUGGGUUUGCUUCAAAAUCGGUUUUUUACUCUUCAAUUCCUCUGCCCCCAUGUUCCUGUUUCGCUUCUUCUGUUUCAUGAUCAUUAACCUGGUCUGAUAUUUAAGGGAAUAUCCUUAUUUUCACAUCAUGUAUUACUCAUUUUACUAAUCUGAGGUUUUCGGAAGAUCAUUUAUUUUGAGUUUCAACCUUCUAACUUGAAGCUGAUUUGGCUUAUUGCGAUGUCUGUUGCACCAGUUGAGAGUAUCGGCUCGUUGAAUAGUGAUAUCUUCUACGACAUAUUAAGACGUCUUGAUGGCCCUGAGUUGGCUAGCGUAGCUUGCACUUGUGCAGCAUUUUGUUCCAUCUCCAAAGAGGAAAGUUUAUGGGAAAAUGUAUGUUCAUCUGUGUGGCCUUCAACCAAUAGGGAGGAUGUCAAAACUUUGAUAUCCUCUAUCGGUGGAUUCAGAAAAUUUUAUGCAGAUUGUUUCCCUCUUAUUGUGAACAAGGAGGUUGGCCAGUAUCAGUGGAAUAACUUUCUUGAUUACCCUGAUGAUUGGACCGAAGCUGAAUAUUAUGGGGACACAAAUGAAUCUGAAAGCAUCUCUCCUUUAGAUUUUGUCUCUAUUAUAGAUAUCAGGUUUAAGGAGAAACCUAUCUGCUCCAAAGUCCUAUGGGGAAUCCCAAAUGCAAAUGGCUCUGAUGGGUGGUUUCACAACUGUCCUUUUCGGAUCGAUCUUCUUAAUUAUGCAGAUGGAGAUGGCAACAGUGAUGGUGUUGUGACCCUUUCGGUAACUGACGGUCUGCCGCCAAUCACAUCCAUGGAACGGGAAAGAAAAGACGGGAAGCUAUGGCUCGAGCUUCGUGGCGGUCUCAUGCUUAGUUGGAUUAUUGUAAACACGAAAAUGAAGCAAGCUGCGAAUCUUGCUAGCUGGAGUCCUCUUGAUGGGCUAAGACAUUGGCCAACCGAUAAGGAUUUCAUCCUUCGUUUCGGAUCCGUUCUUCCAGCCAAGAACAUUCUUCCUUCUCAAGUUGUGCAGUGUAUCCUCAUUAUGAAGUUUACAGUGGUUCACACUGAAGAAGAGGGGGUUCAAACAAGUCUUAAACUAACAGAGCUGAGCAUGAAGUUGGAAGACAUGGAAGGUGCUCACGUCAAUGGAAGGAACAGUUUGCUUAUUCUGAAGGAAGCACUUAGCUGCAGAAGGAGCAAAAAUUAUAGUGAGGUUCUUGAAUCUUGUCAUAUGUACUCAAAAGUGGCAAAUGAGUUAAAAGAGGUGAAGAUGAGAAAUGAAAGUUGGUUGGAUACGCUUUGUAUUUUAACUGGCAUUACUGCUUUUAUGACAUUCUGGUACUGCGUUUUGUGAAAUGGUAGGACAUUGUUCAUUUUACUGGAAUAAGCUAAUGUUGAUUUUGCAGAAGAUCAACUUUGGCACUCCUUUUCUGUAAGAUAUGGUUCCCAAUAAAGUAAUUAAUCGAUGAAAGUUUUGCUA